GACAUAAUGGCAAGAGUUUUCAAUUGUUUUGUGGUGUGAGGUGUUGUGAAGUGAAUUCAACAAUAAAAAUAUUAAAAUAAUGUUUACUAGAAGCAUGCGUUCUGGAAGACUCGAUAAAAGUUUUGAAAGUAGUAAUAUUCAAGUGAAUAACUUAGAGAAGUUGAUAUGUAUUAACCAAAUACCUUCAAAUAUUUACCUCAAGAAUGAUGAGAUAAACCUACAGCAGUUGGAGCAGCAAUUAAAGGCUCCAGAAAUCAGGAAGUAUCAGAAGUUACUUCCUUCACCACAACCACAAUCAAGGGCUUUUUCAACAUAUGCGCGAGAUCCUUCAUCAAUUACACCUAAAACCUAUUCGUUAAACGUUAAUACCACUCCUCCAACUACAUCUAGAACGUAUUCCUUAUUUACUCGAACUGCUCCAUCAACUUCAACUAAAAGUUACCCAGCAAAUGUUCAAACUACUCCAUCAAGAACAGCGACAAACUAUUCAUCAAAUGCCCAAUCAACUUCUUCAAGUGUAUUCAAGGCUUCUUCAUCGAAUACUCCAUCUACGUCAUCACGUACAGCUACUCCAUCCACUUCGUCACGUACAGCUAAUGAAUCUAAGGCAGCUAGGAUAGUUCGAAGGUUUGGGGAAACAGAGGCGGAGAAGACCUUUAUUUUAACAGGAACAGUUGAAAGAGUAAUAAAAUGGGGCAAAAUUUUUCAAAAUCAUUUUUGUUAUUUUGAAGUGAUCGCUGCUGUAAUAUCGUUGACGCCAGGUAAAUUUCUUUUGGAGAAGACUAUGUUGUUAAGAGACAGAAAAGGACCAAUUUUACAAGUUAGUUAUUUUUCUACUGCUACCCACAUCAACAUAGAAGAUUUUCAUUUAGGACAAUUUUUGAGAGUUAUGGGAAGAAUGACCGGAGCAAACAUUAUGGCUGCCCAUACAAUAAGAGCGGCUAGCACACCGGAAAUAGAGUCACUGCCGCGGAUGUGCUACAUUUGUGACCACGCUGUCAAUUCAUUCUGUGGUGAAGUUUUGCCCUUAGUUUAAUUUUUAAUUAUCAGAUUUGUUGUGUGUGUGUGUGAUUUUUAAAUAACUGUUUUGCUAAUUGUCAAGUUGUUGUUCUUGAGAAAUGGUGUUUGAAUGAAAUUGUGUUAACUAACAAUAAUGUGUAAUAAAAUUCUUAUUUUAACA